GGGAGGGGGCGGCGUGCGGGGGGGCGGGGGCCGCUCCCUCCCUCCCUCCUUUCCCUUCCCUCCUUCCCUCCCUCCCCUUCCCUCCCCUCCUUCCUUCCCCUCCCUGCCGCCCGCUCGGCCCCCGCGCGCGGCGAAGGCGCGGCCGCGACGAGGCGAGGUGCGGCGGGGCGGCCGCGCGCCCCCCCGGCGGCGGCGGCAGCGAGGCGGUGGCGGGGACAGGGACAGGCUCGCCCACCCGCCCCGUCGAUGGGAAAGGAGGAGCCUGGGCGGGGGGGCCGCGGGCAGGAACUUCGGCGGGGCUGAGUCUGCGGCCCCGGGACGGCACCGAGGGGAGCCCCGGGCAGCCGGCGGCGGCGGCGGCGGCCAACUGCAGAGUUCUUUCAUCCGUGAUGGCGUCAGCUCUACCCAGGACCCUUGGAGAAUUGCAGCUGUAUCGAAUACUACAAAAAGCAAAUCUCUUAUUUUACUUUGAUGCCUUCAUCCAGCAGGGUGGUGAUGAUGUCCAGCAGCUCUGUGAAGCAGGUGAAGAGGAGUUUUUGGAGAUAAUGGCUCUCGUAGGCAUGGCUAGCAAGCCACUUCACGUGCGACGGCUGCAGAAGGCUUUGAGGGACUGGGUCACAAACCCUGGCCUUUUUAACCAGCCUCUCACCUCCUUACCAGUCAGCAGCAUUCCAAUAUACAAGCUGCCAGAAGGGUCUCCUGCGUGGCUGGGGAUAUCCUGCAGCAGCUACGAGAGGAACAGCAGCAGCAGAGAGCCUCACCUGAAGAUUCCCAAAUGCGCCGCCACGACGUGCGUGCAGAGCGUGGGCACGAGCAAAUCUGAUGUGGGGAGCUUAUCACUGCAGAGCAGCAGUGAGCCCAGACUCUGGCAAGGACACCACACCACAGAGAGUGAGCACAGCCUUUCCCCGGCUGACCUUGGCUCUCCAGCCUCACCAAAGGAAAACAGCGAGACCCUGGAUGCUGCUGCUGCUCUGUCAGUUGCUGAAUGUGUCGAACGGAUGGUUCCCUCCCUGCCCAAAAGUGACUCCAAUGAAGUCAAGGAGUUACUGAAAACAAAUAAGAAACUGGCAAAGAUGAUUGGUCACAUCUUUGAGAUGAGUGACGAUGACCCUCACAAAGAGGAGGAGAUCAGGAAGUACAGUGCAAUAUAUGGCAGAUUUGACUCAAAAAGAAAGGAUGGCAAGCAUCUCACCCUCCACGAGCUAACAGUUAAUGAAGCAGCUGCCCAGCUGUGUGUGAAAGAUAACGCCUUGUUGACCAGGAGGGACGAGCUCUUCGCACUGGCCCGCCAGAUCUCUCGGGAGGUCACCUACAAGUACACCUACAGGACCACCAAAUCUAAAUGUGGAGAGAGGGAUGAGCUGUCACCAAAGAGAAUCAAGAUAGAGGAUGGUUAUCCUGAUUUCCAGGACGCAGUCCAGCUCUAUCAGCAAGAUAAAAUGCCACUUGCUUUGGCUAAAGGAAAGAGUGAAGACCCAGCAGCUCUUAAUUCCCAGUCGGAAAAGGUGAUGGCAAAACAGAUGGAGUUUCUUUGCAACCAGGCAGCGUUAGAGAGACGCCUUUCCACAGGGUGUUACAGGCAGAACUCGGAGGAGCACAGCCCCAAUGGCAUGUCAUUAGAUAAUGCUGAUGGACAAGGUGAAAGACCACUGAACCUCCGGAUGUCCAACCUGCCGAGCAGACAGAUGCAGCACAUUUCACUUGAUGGAGAGCAGCACGUUGGGAAAUCUCUGUGCAGUGAUCUGAUCCGGCUUUACCCCAGUGGUGAGGCAAAGUCCCAGUCCUCGGAAGGCCUUGGUAUUUUAAAGGAUUUUCCUCAUUCAGCUUUUAACAACAUUGAAAGGAAGGUCAUAAAAACAGAACCUGAAGACACAAGAUAGUCAUUCAGCUCUGGAAAACAGUGUCAUAGUAAAGAAUGAAACUUCACAAGAGAGAAAAAAAAAACAAAACCAGCCUUAAUAACCAGUGUUGCCUCAUUCAAAUAAGAGAUUUCAAUAGCCAAAGCCUAAGAACUGGUACAGUAAUCCGUGGAAGCAGGAAAGCAAGAGACACUGCAACUAAAACAGUAAUACAGGUGGAUAAACAUUCCUGUAAAAGUGGUUUUAUAACGUGGGAAGAUUCACAAAUUAAUAUUGUGGGUCUUCAUUAUUUAAGAAUGUAUUAUGUAUUUGUAUAACUUAUCAAAGUAAAUCUAGAUGUCGGGACGUGUAUUGAGUCCAGUAGAUGUGGCUACAGUUCAUUUUACUUGAAAUUUCAAUGUCUACUUUCAGUGUACCUAGCGUAGAUAUGGUUGUUAAACAUUUGAAAUAAAAAACAUUGGAGAAUUAGGAAUGCAAACCUCGUGACACAAUUAACAGCAAGUUUGCAACAAUAUUUGUAGAAAAAGGAAAAUGCAUACAAUAUUUUCAUGGUUUAAAAUGUUCUGUGGAUAUAGCAUUUGGUAGACCUAGACCCUGAUUCUGUAUCAUAGCAGAUGUACUUGACACUUAACUAUUGCUACAUCACUUCCAAUGGUUCCAGCAGCCUUUGUGUAACACACUUACAGCAUAAUACCUACAUACAGGUCAGGAGUGUGGGAAAUGCCAGUUAGAGGAUGGGAGAGUCCAUAUAAUUGGCUCCCGUUUCCUCAGGAAAAUCUGGGCAUUGAUGUACCAUACCAUUACUAAAUUUAAUUUGGUAGGAAACUCAAGAGACCAAGUUGUAUGGACAGGGCUGCAAAAAUUGUCAUUCAGACCAUUAUAACUCCUUGGACUUCUCUGUGGAUCUUAAAAAAAAAAAAAAAAAGGCAUCCCAAGUGUGGCAAAGAUGAGAUAUGGUGCAGGAUUUAUGCAUCUGUGUAAAAGGUAGCACUUGAUAUCCAGAAACCAUAAGAUUUUUUGGAGGUGAGAAAGGAGUUGUCUUCAGCAUGUAACUCCUUAUGAAGUGCUGUCCAGCCCACAUGAUCCUAUGAAUAUACUGUAUACUGCAUACAGUAUGCCAAUAUGUUUCUUUAUGUAUGUGAUGAAUUAACAUCUGUAUUCUUUAUUUAUUUGACAGUUUUUAUUUUUUGUACAUGUUCACUUUUGAAGAUGUCAUUCUAUCUAAUGAGGAGUAGUUGGCAUAUAACUCUGGAAUUUACCAUGGUGUGUUUGUGUGCAUCCAUCUUUCCUCUGUGCUGCUCUGCAGUCAGGACAGUUAUAUGCCUCCAUUUCUGAACACAGUUUUUGCUUAUGACGUGUUCUGGAGGGGAAAGGGAGACCUGAAGAAAGUGAGUUACCAUGUCAGAGAGUAAACUUCCCUAUUCAGGUGUGCACUUCAUGUCUGCAGUUUGCUCUGUGUCCUAGGUGUCUAUUAACGAAUCAGUCAGUCUCUGUUGUACUGAAAUGCUCAGCAAAAUGUGAGCUGAAAUGUCUACACUGCAGUCUCUUAUCACUGUAAACAUACCUAAUUAUUUUAUCACUUGAUUUGUGGAACAAAGCUUUAUAGUAGAAACACCAGUAAAACAACUUUUUAUACUAUUAAAAUGUUUGGUUUUUUUAAAAAAAAUGUUUCUUGAGCUGUAUGGUACUGUUUCACUUACUGAAGUAUCUUACUUUAAGCAAUGGAGUUCGCAGCUUUGCUGUUUAGGCAUAAGAGAUUGAAUGUGUAGUUAUAUUUCCUCUUUCCUGUUGUGUGAGUUAGUAGCACGGAUGUUUCUUCAGUUUGUAACAUUAACCAGUGUCCUGGUUAGUACCUGAGUAGCUUUCCUGAGACGUGUAUGGAACUUGUUAAAGGACAGCUUAAGGUUUGAACUGUACAGCUUGAGCAAUAGAAGGUACAAGCAGCAAACCUUUAGAGAUGUAGGAAACAUUUGGUUUUCUCCAACAUUGACACCAUCAAAAAUUGUGUGUGGGUCACAGAAGAAGCUCUUACUUUUAGCUUGCUGGUCUCUUCAGUUAAAGUGAGAGGAAGGAAAAAGAACUUGCUAAGCAGCACGCUGUUUCAGUUGAGUCCAGAAUUUAUUUUGUAAACACUAAUGUAUUAAAUUUGCUAUAAAUUAAAGUCUAUAACAGUUAUAUUUUUGAGUUGUAAAUACAGUACUUUGUGUCACGACCAGUUGGUUAUCUCCAGAACGAUAUUUCAGUUUAUAGUCCAACAGGCCAUUUCAGUCUCAAUAAGCUGGAAGCAAUUUUUUUUACUGGUUUGCAGCUGUAUGAUUUUUUUUUAUUUUUUUUUUUUUUUAUCCUGGGGUGGGGGAGGUGGGAGGUACAUUCCAAGAUUGCACAUACGCUUGGUAAUAGCCAAUACUCAAGCAUUGGUCUUUCCAUGACAAAGGUCUUGGUGGACUGCACCCUGGCCAGCCUCUGGAGUCGCAGGUAAAGGCUUGCCCUCGUCUGCUCAGAAAGGGCUGCUAGAUCCAGGGUACUCUGGAUCAAAGGCCAGCCCUGCAAAUGAUGCCUGUUUUAUUCACAUGUUUAUAUUGUUGCUUACAAAAUAAAAUUCACCGUGAGAACUC